GUCGAGUACGGUACAUCAACCGCCGCAAUAAUACUCUACGAUUCCAUGAGGAGACGACGAUUUACACAUACUAAAUCAUACGCUGCAAUCCUUUAACAGACCGAACAAAUCUCAGGAUCCAUUGCAAGGCCAGGAAGCCCGUUCCUGCGCUAUCUGUUGCGACUCUGAUCGCGAGACGUCAGGCACCCGCUCAUGCUCAGGUAUGAUGACGAGCUCCUCACAAUUGCGACAGAUCAGGGAAGACAGAAGGCACUGCUGCCACAGGGCGACUGGUUAUAACGAACGAUACACGCCGUCCUACUCUUGUGGUAAAACAUUGGGAAAGGGUUCUUGCACACCGCGCAACCACAGCGCCCACGUUUCCGAGGCCAUUGCCACUCCUACAAUACCCACCAGGCGCACACUGCUACACCACGUACACAUGAACGUCCGCUAGCCUGACCAGCUCCACCCCCCGAUAAAGACUGCGCGCGCAGCGCAUCCUAUAUCCGGCUAUGGACAAGGCGGCUCAGCAUGACGGCCAAGCAGCAGGUGGCGCCGUGCCACCGCCUGCGCCUGGAGACAACCUACUACAGCAAAUGCAGGAGGCCGGGACCGCGUCCGCCGCUUCGGAGGCGCCGCCGCGCCGCAAAGAUGACAGCAUCAGGGUGGUUACGCCAGAACCGACACUUCCUCCCGGUGGUGGAACAGGGGCAGGGCCGUCUGACGUGGACGUGGCGUCACAAGCCUCGCCGCGCUCUAUACUGGGAUUGGAGAAGCCGUGGGAGCGUCGGCGCGGGCUCGUCUUUGAGGAUGCGUUUGACACGGGCGAAUCAAGCGGCCAGCAGCAGAACAAGUCGAAUGAGAGCGACGUAGACGAUGUGUCGAAUCUGCCAAGGACGCGGCCGAGGAACCGGACAAUUGAUGGGGCACAGCAGCAGAGGCGCCCCUCGGGGCAGCUGCCGAUGAGGCGACAUCGAACAGGGUCGAACUACUCGGGAUUGAGCAGCUCGGAGGAAAAUAUACCGAAGGAGGACCCGAAAUAUGUAGCUCACGCUCCGACUGCGUUCCGCUCUACACAGUCGCAACGAGCAGAGUCUGUUAAGAAGAAGCCUCUUCUUAACAGGCAGCCGAAUACAAGUUCGCGGUCAGGUUCUCCGAUUCCAUUUCCGGCGUAUGUCGAUACGCUGCCUGUGCCGAUCGCCACUCGCGAUGCUAUUAAGGUUCUCAAACUCAUGAAUGGUCUCAAUGGGCGCAUGAAGGGGGAGGUCGAAUACCAGACCUCGGGACAUGGUUCAUGGGCUAGGGGAGUUUGUUACAUUGAUGAUAAGGGAACUUUUCUAUUUGAGGGCACUGAAGAUGGGCCCAAUCACCAGACCAUUGUCCCAGACUUGAGGGGGUGCCGUAUGAAGCCACCAAUAGAAGAAAAUGAGGAGAAUAUCCUUGACGUUAGUAUCGCGUCUGGAAUGCGGCUACGGCUGCGGCCACUUGAUACCUCGCAGUAUGAGUAUUGGCUGGCAGCAUUAUUAUCGUGGCAGCAGAAUCAAGAUGGGUCAAGCGCCUCUAGUUCUGAGGCAGGGGAGCUGAGAUCACUUAGUCGGCGGCCCAGCUUCAGUCAGGCCAAGGACAUCAAUAUCAUCAAGGUUGGAAGGGUGUUCUUGUGGGAUAAAGGCGCGUGUCAGGCAGCUGCAACAGCUGCUGGGGGGCGUCAGCGCAGCGAUCGAGCGUGGCGGCUAGUCUCAUGCAUAUUACAGGAUAAUGGCGAGUUGAAGCUCAUGACAGAAAAUGACGUCUCACUUCUGGCUACGAUUCAGCUGUCACAGUUGUCAAGAUGUGGCAUUCAGGAGCUGGAUAAGACGGUUUUAAACCAGGAAUACUGCGUUGCCAUUCUCCCUCAGUACACGGCGGCGGCGACCUCAAUAUCUAUUGUAUCACCAGUAUUUAUUUCCUUGGAAUCUCGGGUCCUCUUCGAAGUGUGGUAUGUCCUACUACGGACGUUUACAGUGCCGGAUAUGUACGGGUCUCAAAUUUCCGCAGACGGCUCGGAUGGUCCAGACUCCCUCGUCAUCCCUACCCCGGACGACCUCUUUCGAAUUGAAAAGACGCUCUCCAUCCGGACAGUUGAGGCCAAGCUUCGGCCAACGGGUAAGAAAGCCGAGCAGCCCGUGGACGGACGGCGGGGACAUAAAUCCGAACCCGACCCGUCUGUAGGAGAUUACUUUGCCGAAGUCAUUCUUGACGGAGAAGUUCGCUCAAGGACGACGACAAAGUUUGGGACGAACAAGCCUUUCUGGCGCGAUGAGAGCGAGUUUGGCGGGCUACCCGCUGCACUCCCGGAGAUCUCGAUUGCUCUCAAGAGGAUGAAGUCGAAGUCUCAGCCUCAACCUCAGGUUCAUGGGUCGAAAUCUUCCGUUAGCGUUCAGACGCCGGAAGUUGUGUGGGAGGUCCUAUGUGGCAUUGUACACAUCCGCAUGGAUCAGCUGGAUCGCGGUAAGGAUGUGGAGAAUUGGUGGCCGGCAUUGAAUGAGAAGAAGGAAGUUAUCGGCGAGAUGCUGAUACGGGUGCGCCAUGAUGAGCUCGUUGUGUUACUGUUGAAGGAGUACAAGGCUCUAUCUGAUCUCUUGCAUAAGUUUACCACGGGGUUGACGCUGCAGAUGUCCCAAUAUGUGCCAUCCAAGCUCCGGUUCUUAGCGGAAACAUUGCUGGAUGUGUUCCAAGUCUCUGGGCAGGCUCAGCAGUGGCUGGUAUCUUUGGUAGAGGACGAGAUUGACGGGAUCAGCAAAGAAACGCCGGUUCAGCGUCUGAGGUUCAGUCGACGCAUGGGCUCGAACGAUUCGUUUGAUUCGGUCAGCGACAGAGAGGUACAACUCCGUGACAUGAACAAGUCUCUCACAGGCGAAGCCAAUCUCCUCUUUCGCGGCAACUCCCUCCUCACCCAAGCAUUGGACUUCCACAUGCGCCGCCUCGGAAAAGAAUACCUCGAAGACCUCCUCAGCGACAAAGUCCGCGAAAUCAACGCCAUGAAUCCCGACUGCGAAGUCGACCCCUCCCGUGUCGGAGCCAGCGAAGACCUAGACAGGAACUGGGCCACCCUCAACGCGCUCACCAGCGACAUCUGGGCCCAUAUCUCGGCCUCGCACAACCAAUGUCCCCCCGAACUACGCCAGAUCCUAAAAUACGUCCGCACCGUCGCCGAAGACCGCUACGGCAACUUCCUCCGAACCGCCCCCUACACCUCCGUCUCGGGCUUCCUCUUCCUCCGCUUCUUCUGCCCCUCCCUCUUGAACCCUAAACUCUUCGGCCUCCUCCGAGACCACCCCCACCCGCGCGCCCAACGCACCCUAACACUCAUCGCGAAAUCCCUCCAGGUCCUCGCCAACCUCUCUACCUUCGGCCAGAAGGAAGCUUGGAUGGAGCCUAUGAACCGUUUCCUCGCACAAAACCGUCAGAACGUAAAGGAUUUCAUCGACAACAUCUGCUCCAUCCCCGUGGACCGCCCGCGCACCCCCCCGCCAGCUUCCUACUCCACCCCCCUCGCCAUCCUCAAACGCCCCCCCAUGACCUCCCGCGAGGGCUUCCCCUCCCUCCCCUACCUCAUAGACGAAGCGCGCGCCUACGCCGCCCUCGUCCGCUUCUGGCUCGAAGCCGUCGCCAGCGACACCGCUCGCGUGGCCGAAUUCUCCGGCGACCUCCUCGCCUUCCACAACGAGUGCGUCGCGCUGCAAAAACGCGCAGACGAGUGUCUCCGCCGCGCCGAGGUGGAGGCGAAAGUCGAAGAGCCGCCGGAGCUGGAGUGGACUGAUAUCCUGAGGAGUUUGGAACGCAGUAGUGCGUUGGAUCAGCGGACGUUUACGGAGAAUGAUAUUGUGCCCCAUGCGGCGAAUUCGUAUCCGCAUGCUACGCCGAGAGAGGCCGCGAGGUGGAAUCGCAGCGAUGAUAGUACUAUUCCUGCUGUGCCGGGGUGGGUGGGCUCGGAGACGGGGAGUAGGGAGAGGAGAGAGCGGCAGACGUUUUGGGAGAGUACGUUUGGGAAGGAGAGUUCCCGUGCCCCACGCCCGCUGGCGGCUGAUGCGUUUGGCAGCUCCCUGGAUAUUGGAGCGGCGGGUGCGUCGCCGCCGACGGAACGGGGGGGGAGUAGGGAUGGGAAGGGCGGGAAGGGGUUUUUAAGUGGUGUGAGUGGGGUGUUGAGAAAAAAGGGAGGGGGAGAGAAGGAGAGAGAGAAAGAACGGGGAAAAGAACGCGCUAAGGCGGAGAAGGAGGCUGUUAAGGAGGAAGAGAGGGAAAAGGAGCGGGAGAAGGAGAGGGAGAGGAAGGAACGGCAUAUGAUUACGCGCGAGAGGAACGCUCAGGGGAGUGAGGAGAAGGGGAAGGGCGCUGCUGUGUGAGUGAGUGGUGGUGGGUUAGAGAGCGAUUUUGAGCAUUUGUCGAUUUCCUCCGUUUUGUAGGGGGGUUGAAAGGACCGGGACGAGCGAAUGAAGGGACGAUUGGGAGACACAAAGCAAGCAUUGCACGCAUACACACACUGCCGCGAAAUAUUAAUUAGUAGUUUUUAAUGGUCUGCGAAACAUGGGAAUGUGGUCUUUUUGUGUCUAUUUUGGGGGAGUGGCACUCGUUUUUUUAUUUGUGAAGAAUUUUUGAUGCGUGCACACAUCUUUGGUGGGAGGGGGGUGACUAUAGACAUAGAGAGGGGU